AUGUCGGACCCAGUUAGUUCGGCGCAAACCCCUGCGACUACUCAACCUACUGCAACCCGUCCGGCGCAGAAAUCCCUCCCAAUCCGCAGUGGAAAAAGUGAUAAACCCUCCCCCGCACAACAAAGUUCGCAAUCCACGAACGGAAACGAUGUAUCUACAUCUACUACUCCCAACACUGCUACAGGAGUAGAUAAGCCCCUCACCCCCGCCGAAUUGAAAAAGAAAGCCAAGGAAGAGAAGGCUGCUCGACGCGCAAAAGAACGUCUUGAACGUGAAGGCGGAGCUGGUCCUGCUGGCGGUGCAGCUCCUGGAGCUGGACAGGCUCGUCCCACUUCCACCCCGAGAAAAGAUAUCGCCAGCGGAAGCGCAUCUCAGAAGAGCCAGAAAAACCAGAAGGACGCUACGCCUCGUCGUGGGUCUGGUCCUGUUGUUCAGACCGGCGCCACUACUGAGCCCAAGAAGAAGAAGACAUCGGAUAAGAUUGUAUCCGUUUUUGGACACUUGUAUGGCCAGCAGCGACGGACAACUGUCGCGGGCGCCGCUAAGGAAGUCCAUCCCGCUGUCUUGGCACUUGGUUUGCAAUUGAGAGAUUAUGUGGUGUGUGGAAGUAGUGCACGAUGUGUUGCUACAAUGCUUGCAUUCAAGCGAGUGAUCGAAUCAUAUGAUACGCCUCCUGGCACUUCGUUGCCGCGCCACUUGACUACGCAUCUUUCCCAUCAGAUUUCUUACCUUUCAACGUGUCGACCUCUUUCGAUCAGCCAGGGUAACGCAAUUCGUGCCAUGAAAGUUGCCAUCUCUAACGUUGACCCAUCAACUCUGGAAAUCGAAGCGAAGGCAACACUGUGCGAGUUUAUUGACAGCUUUAUUCGCGAGAAGAUCACAGUCGCAGACCAGGUGAUUGCGGCAAGUGCUGCCCAAAAAAUUAAAGACGGCGAUGUGAUUGUGACAUUUGCUGGAAGCUCGAUCGUGAAGCAGACCCUAUUAGCAGCGCAUAGAGAUGGAAAGCAGUUUAGAGUGACGAUCAUCGAUUCACGUCCGCUCUUCGAAGGCAAGAAGCUAGCCCGUGCACUUGCCAAUGCUGGAUUGGACGUACAGUACACACUUGUUCACGCCAUCAGCCACGCUAUCAAAGAUGCUACAAAAGUCUUUCUCGGCGCUCAUGCCAUGACUAGCAAUGGCCGUCUAUACUCCCGCGUUGGUACCGCUCUAGUAGCCAUGUCUGCUAAGGAGCGUGCCGGAGGUGUUGAAGUUCCCGUUAUUGUGUGCUGCGAGACUGUUAAAUUUACCGACCGCGUCGCUCUGGACAGUAUCGUUGUUAAUGAAAUUGCUGAUGCCGACGAGCUGGUCUCAUCUUUGCCUCCACAGCAGGUUACUGGUCUGCCAGACCCAGGUGCCACUCCUAUCGUUCCCAUUGACAACAAGAAGGGAGGCAAGGCAGUCGCCUCACCCCCGACACCAGACCCCAUUGCAUCUCAACGCGCAGCUUCCUCGUCCCCUCUCACAGACUGGAAGAAUAUUGCCAAUCUCCAGCUUCUUAAUCUCAUGUAUGACGUUACCCCGGCUGAGUAUGUUGAUGAGGUUAUUACCGAGUUGGGUAGUUUACCACCCAGUGCUGUCCCCAUCGUUCAUCGAAUGAGCACAAACCUGUGA